UAUCGCUUCAUUCUUUAGUCUUCUUUUGACUUGUCGUGGGAUUCGUGACGGAGAUAUCCUUCGAUCAAUAUACCUUAGCAUAGGUAGUGGAGUGAUCUUACCAGAUCGAUCAGCAUGAUCCUCCCCCACAACAUCCACCCUUCCUAUCCACUUCUACACACCCGAUCGAACAGUAACCCAAGCGACAACACCACCCAAGUCAUCGUCGGAGUCGUCGUAGGCGGCGUCGCAGUCAUCGCCAUGACAGCAGGAAUCCUCAUCUACUUCCUCAAAAAGCGUAAACGCAACCGCGCAUCCCAGCACGACGACCAAACUCUCGCCCUGCACGGCUCCGUCGGACACGGUCGCAAAUCCCGUGACGAUGCCAUAGCAGCGCAACGCCCUUCGUCGUCUUUAUCUUUUCCCCAUCCCAUCCACACGGUGGGCGCAGGCAUCGAUUCCCGCGCUCACAACCAGUCUCCGUCGCCGCCGCCUGCGUAUCAGCCUCGUCUUCCGGUGUAUGAUCCGUCGCGGUAUCAGAGGGUUGACGCCCCGCAGCAACAGAUGGGAUGGCCGUCUGUGCCGAUGCCGUCGCAUAUGCAAGCGCAUGCGUAUACGCAUACGCAGACGCAGAUACACACAGCCCCGACUCACCUAGCUCCGACUCAUCCCACCCCGAAUUACCUCGUCCCUAGUCAACAGCGACAGCGACAGCAACAGCAACAGCAACAGCAUCAGCAUCAGCAGCACCGGCAGCACCAGCAGCAACAGUAUUAUCUCGCAGAUGGGGCCCCCGUGCCCUACCCCCAGCCGCCACUUGCUGUGCCGCACAGUGAGACCAACACGAACCGCUUCUCGUUUGAUCCGCGACAGUCGUGGGCCCAGAUGGCUCCGGAGGAUGUUGCUGUUGCUCGGGCGGCGCAGGCGUCAUCUUCACCCGCAAACUCUCCCCCUACAGGAGGAGAAGCAGAAGACGAUAGACCGACAGGAGAGACGCAGCGACCGCGCAGAAAAAGACCGGUGUUGUCCCGAUUGAUCACUAAUUUGGGAUAGUUAGCGGAUGAGGAUUGUGUAGCUGCGGGUUUGAUUUUGUUUAUGGUGUUUGGGAUUUGGGAUUGGGUUUGGUGUUGGGGGAGAUGGGUUGGUUCGGUGUUUGGACUUGAUUCCUUUCUUUUUUCAGGUCAUUCUUUGACUUGAUGUUCUUGAAGGUCUUGCUUUGGCGGUAACGAU